UCUCCGCAGUCCAGCGCCGCCCGGGACCGGGACCCACUCUCUUCCCGAGCGCGCAGACUUCGCGGGGAUUGAGAGGACGCGCUCCGCUCGCGCCAGCCCUGGCCUCUCUCCUGCUCGAGCUCCAGUCCCUCGCCCAGUCCCGGGGAACCCGCGCGGCUCCCGCAUCCCUCCGGGCUCGGAGCGCAGCGCUCCGGCUCCGGGCAGCUUCGCGGCCGCGGGCGCCCCGAACGCUGGGCAGGGCGCAGGGCGGCGGCCGGCUGGGGAUGGGCGCCGGGGGGCUCCGAGCGCUGCUGCUGGCGCUGGUGGCCGCGGGGGUCCCCGCCGACGCCUACAACCUCGACACGCAGCACCCGGUGCGCUUCCAGGGCCCCGCGGGCUCCUUCUUCGGCUACGCGGUGCUGGAGCACUUCCACGACAACACGCGCUGGGUCCUUGUGGGUGCACCCAAGGCAGAUUCCAAAUACAGCCCUUCAGUGAAGUCCCCUGGAGCUGUGUUUAAGUGUCGUGUCCACACCAACCCUGACCGGAGAUGCACCGAACUGGACAUGGCUCGAGGGAGGAGUCGUGGCACGCCCUGUGGGAAGACCUGCCGGGAAGACCGUGAUGAAGAGUGGAUGGGAGUCAGCCUGGCCCGGCAGCCCAAGGCAGAUGGCCGUGUUCUGGCCUGUGCCCAUCGCUGGAAGAACAUUUACUAUGAAACGGAUCACAUCCUGCCCCACGGGUUCUGCUACCUCAUCCCGUCCAACCUCCAGGCCAAAGGCAAGGUGCUGAUCCCCUGCUACGAAGAGUAUAAGAAGAAAUACGGGGAAGAGCAUGGCUCCUGCCAGGCCGGGAUAGCAGGCUUCUUCACCGAGGAACUGGUGAUAAUGGGAGCCCCAGGCUCAUUUUAUUGGGCUGGGACAGUCAAGGUGCUGAACCUCACGGACAACACGUAUUUUAAACUGAAUGAUGAAGCGAUCAUGAACAGGCGGUAUACCUACCUGGGCUAUGCAGUGACUGCUGGCCACUUCUCUCACCCAUCUACCACUGAUGUGGUAGGAGGUGCUCCACAGGAUGAAGGCAUUGGAAAGGUUUAUAUUUUUAGAGCUGACCGAAGAUCAGGUACCUUAAUAAAGAUUUUUCAGGCAUCAGGUAAAAAGAUGGGCUCUUACUUCGGCUCCUCCUUAUGUGCAGUUGACCUGAACAUGGAUGGCCUCUCUGACCUGCUGGUGGGGGCCCCCAUGUUUUCUGAGAUCAGAGAUGAGGGCCAGGUCACCGUCUACCUCAGCAAAGGAAAUGGAGCCCUCGAGGAACAGCUGGCCCUCACGGGAGAUGGCGCCUACAAUGCGCACUUUGGGGAGAGCAUCGCUAGCCUGGGUGAUCUUGAUGAUGAUGGGUUCCCAGAUGUGGCUGUUGGUGCACCCAAGGAGGAUGACUUUGCUGGAGCAGUCUAUAUCUAUCAUGGGGAUGUCAGUGGGAUAGUCCCCCAGUACUCAAUGAAACUGUCUGGGAGGAAGAUAAACCCAGUCCUGCGGAUGUUUGGGCAGUCCAUAUCAGGAGGCAUUGAUAUGGAUGGAAAUGGCUAUCCUGAUGUCACUGUUGGAGCCUUCCUGUCUGACAGCGUGGUUCUUCUCAGGGCCAGACCUGUCAUCACAGUGGAUGUCUCCAUCUUCCUCCCAGUCUCCAUCAACAUCACUGCGCCUCAGUGUCAUGAUGGCCAGCAGCCUGUGAACUGCCUGAAUGUCAUUGCCUGCUUUCGGUUCCAUGGCAAACAUGUGCCAGGAGAAAUCGGUCUGAACUACGUUCUGACGGCUGAUGUGGCCCAAAAGGAGAAGGGCCAGCUGCCUAGGGUCUAUUUUGUGUUGCUGGGAGAGACUGUAGGCCAGGUCUCAGAGAAGCUGCAGCUGACCCACAUGGAGGAGACGUGUCGUCACUACGUGGCCCAUGUCAAGCGGAGGGUCCAGGAUGUCAUCAGCCCCAUCGUGUUUGAAGCUGCCUACAGCCUCGGUGUACAUGUCACUGGUGAGGAGGAGCGGGAGCUGCCGGCUCUGACUCCAGUGCUCCGCUGGAAGAAAGGACAAAAGAUCGCCCAGAAGAAUCAGACGAUUUUUGAAAGGAAUUGCCAAUCUGAGGACUGCGCUGCUGACCUGCAGCUUCAGGGUAAACUGUUGCUCUCCAGUAUUGAUGAGAAAACCCCCUAUCUAGCUUUGGGAGCUGUGAAGAAUAUCUCUCUGAACAUCUCCAUCUCCAACCUUGGGGAUGAUGCCUAUGAUGCCAAUGUGUCCUUCAAUGUUUCCCGGGAACUCUUCUUCAUCAACAUGUGGCAGAAGGAGGAAAUGGGCAUUUCCUGUGAGCUUCUAGAAUCAGACUUCCUCAAAUGCAGCGUGGGGUUUCCCUUCAUGCGGUCAAAGUCAAAGUAUGAAUUCAGCGUAAUCUUUGAUACCAGCCACCUGUCUGGGGAGGAGGAUGUUCUCAGCUUCAUUGUUUCUGCUCAGAGUGGCAACGUGGAACGCUCUGAAGCCCUACAUGACAACACUCUCACGCUGAUGAUGCCCCUGGUGCACGAAGUGGACACGUCCAUCACUGGAAUCGUGUCCCCAACCUCCUUCGUGUACGGCGAGUCUGUGGAUGCAUCCAACUUCAUUCAGCUGGAUGAUCAGGAGUGUCACUUCCAACCCCUCAACAUCACCCUUCAGGUCUACAACAUGGGCCCGAGUACUCUCCCUGGGUCAGCCGUCAGUAUCUCCUUCCCCAGUCGACUGUCACCAGGUGGUGCAGAGAUGUUUCAGGUCCAGGAGAUGGUGGUGAACCAAGAGAAAGGAAACUGCUCUUUCCAGAGAAACCCAACCCCCUGCAUCAUCCCUCAGGAACAAGAAAAUAUCUUCCACACAAUAUUUGCUUUUUUUACAAAGUCGGGAAGAAAAGUAUUGGACUGUGAAAAACCAGGAAGUCCCUGCCUAACCAUGCACUGUAACCUUAGCGCUCUUCCUAAAGAAGAAAGCCGUGCCAUCGACAUUUACAUGCUGCUGAACACAGAGAUACUGAAGAAGGACAGUUCCUCUGUCAUCCAGUUCAUGGCUCGAGCCAAGGUGAAAGUGGACCCUGCCCUGAAGGUGGUGGAGAUAGCUAAUGGGAACCCAGAACAGAUGCUGGUGGUCUUCGAGGCCUUGCACAAUCUGGAACCCCGUGGCUACGUUGUGGGGUGGAUCAUUGCCAUCAGCUUGCUGGUAGGAAUCCUCAUCUUUCUGCUGCUGGCUGUGUUGCUCUGGAAGAUGGGCUUCUUUCGCCGAAGGUACAAAGAAAUCAUUGAAGCCGAGAAGAACCGAAAAGAGAAUGAAGAGAGUUGGGACUGGGUCCAGAAAAACCAGUGACCAACCACACCAGUCAUGUGACCCCUUCCCCCAUCACCAGCCUGUCACCCUUGAUCUUUGUAUCUUCCAUAUUUGGAAGAAAGAAAUGUUCUCCAGAUUUUUCGGAGGCCCCACUGAUGCUGUCUCUUCCUCACCCUGUCAAGCCCAGGUGCCAGCCUGAGGCGGCCGGUCCGGCCAGGUCACGUGACUGGGGCCACAGCCACCACUUCCCUUUAAAAGAUGAACAACUGAAGUUCGGAAAGAGAACUACAAAGCCGAGCAAUAUUUAUGGAUGCAACAUUGGGUGGUCAACCCUCAGGGGAAAACUGUUACUUAAAAGUAUUUUUAUAAAUAUAAGCCUUUUAUAUUGAUCAUGUCUUUAUAUUUGUAUCAAUGUUUUAUUAUUUCUAUUAAAUAGUUAUAUAAUUCACUCAAGCACUGAAAUCUUGGAAAUACAUGUACCUAUAUACAAAUUUUAAAGGAUAAGGAACUUAUUGUACUUUGGAACUUGCUGUUCAUUGAAAAAAAAGAAAAAGGCUUGCAAAUGAAUUGCAGCUGAGGAAACCUCAUGAAAUGAAUCCACCAAACUCUUGGUGUGCUGCAUAAAAACCAUGGAAACAGCAAGAUCUGCUAAGAUGUUUUCCACCGUUACUUCCUGGGGUCAAGUUUGGAGUGCUUGAAGAACCAUCGGUGCUUUCUUUUACGUUCCUCUCAUUGGGAGAUUCCCAACAGGAACUGGGAUGGAAAGCCUGAUUUCCUGGCUGAAAUGCUCCACAUCGCUCUGACACAGCAGGCACCUCUCCCUCCUCCUCAUGGAGUCAGCAAGUAUGGGUGAGCAACUGGUCAACCUCAGAAUGCCAUCUCAUCCCAGUCACCAUGUCCCAGAGUUCACAUGUCCAGGACUGAGUCUGUGUUCCUUGAGCAGAGACCUGUGUGUCUGUGCUGUGGGGUGUUACCUUGUCAUGUGAUUUUGGUCCAAAGGUCUCUGUUUCCUCUGUUACUCUUACUGUCCCCAACUGGUGGUGUUGCAGAUUUCUUCCCAGACAGGAUCAUUCCACCUGAUGUGGGGUUUUUGUUUUGUUUUGUUUUUUAAUGUCUUAGGUAGGAUUCUUAAGAAUCAAACCCUGAAACAAGACCUUGGGUGUAAGUAAUGUAUUGAAGUCUUCCCAGGACACAGCAGUAAAGAGGUGGAGAAAGCAAGAUGAGGAAGCCGGCAAAGGUGUCAGUUAAGGGGACGGAUGACCCAUGAGGUGUCUUCGGCCUCAUUGGCUCUAGAAGACAAGUCAUGCCUCAGAGUCUCCUAACUGGAUGUCAAGGAGCUGGACUUUCAUAUUCCCACACCUGCAGGAGAUGUAAACUUUCUCCUCAGUUCUUGCUGGCAAGAUGACUCUGUCCUGUAGGGGAGAGCUUCAGGGGCACUCUCAGCUGGGGAGACAUAGUAAACAUGCAAAGACAUCUGAACAGAGAGUACUGAUGUCCCCCUUGCAGCUUUGGAUAUCCAGGCUCUGUGUAUGACAGUGUCUGAUGUCAUCCUCACUAUGCUCCUGGUUUGGGAUGCAGUGUGACUUUCUAAAAGGGCAGUAAAGUGAGGCAUUCAGCAGAUUCUGCAGGGUACCUGGCCCCCAUUGAACACUCACCAUGCUGUGACUAGCUCCCACAGCCAGUGACCAGCUAAUGAGGGAGAAAGCACAGGGCUAAGUCUUAAUGCCCCACUAUGUACCACUGCUGUCAAAUGGAAAUAAGCAGUAUACCAGGCUAAGAGUCUUUCUUACCAGGUCUCAUUCCCUGGAAGCUAGCAUGUUAGGUGUCUGUGACCAAAACUGACACAGACCUCAACUUGACAAAUACCGUUUUAGUUGUAGCAGAAUGAUGAUGGUGCGGGGCGAGUGUGGGCCUGACACAGAGCUCAUGUCUUUGAUUAUUAUUUACACAGAUGACGCUGCUGCAUGAAAAUGGUGGAUAUACACCAUUUCCUUCCUGAUGAACAUGGGAAGGAACAACAAAGCCAUGAAGCAAGCCGGUCCUAGAAGUCAGAUGUUGCAUCUGACUGUGGAAUGGACAGUAGCCACUACAAGGCAGGGGCAGACCAGGAAACCAGUGCUCACCCAGUUUGAGCUUAAUCAAAAGAAAUAAGGAAAACGGUCCUGGCUUUGAAAGCCACUGACAGAGCUCUGGCUCUAUAUCGAGUGCUACUCCAGGUGCCGGAGGUCCCCCAGAGAACACCACAGACACCUUGUGCCUUAGGUUCUGAAUUCUCCACACAGUAGGAGUGGAGUGUGGAUAUUGCACCAACCCCCUUUGUAGCCAUCUUCUAUGAAUUGUGUCAUGUUUUCCUUUAAUAAACCAUUUAGGAGUUUUAGGUGGUGAGACCAGCACAGUACCAUCCUCAGUUUUAGCCAAGUGCAUUUGUCCCCAUUGGCCUGCUUCCAGGGCCAGUGGAUGGAGCGUGGGGACGCACAGGCACAGUUCAGCCAGCCAGUAGAGCCCCACCUGAGCAAGGGCAGACAGUGAGGAAGGGCAGACUCAGCUGGGAUCCAGCCACUUCUGCCCGAUCCUGAAUGGCAGACCCUCAUGACUAGUUGUAUGCUCAGUAGGUCACCAUGACUUCCUAAGGCAGGUUUUAGGAAAACUCUACUUGAUAGCGCCUGGAGAAAGUCCUAGCAGCCACCCCAGGGACCUGUUUAGGACAGGACAGCAUUUCUGCCUAUCUGAUCAUGCUAAGCGACAGGUACAGCAAGGGCCAGGGAUGCAGCCACUAGGCCCAGGAGUGGAGAAACAUUGUAUUGAACUCUCAACUGGUCAGUUCACCAUCUGCACUCCAGCCUUAGCAGGCUAUCGAGGGAGGUAAUAAGCAUUGGUUGGUGUGUCUGCAUUACCUCUCUAGAAUGUUCUAUUCAGAACCCAUUGAAUUGUACCCUUUUUCCUGAGUUCACUGUGGAAUCCUAGCAGACAUUCUCCUGGGCACCGUCCUUUGCUUCAGUUUUUCAGUUGUGUCUCCAGUGCUUCUAACCAGCUAUCUGGACUGAAGUGCUUUUUUAAAUAUGAAAAAGGUCUUUCUAAAAAAAAAAUGGACUAAAACAAUGCCCCUUUAUUAAGAACUGACUCCCUUCUGCUCAGUUUAUAUAGGACACAAGAAAGUUGGAGUAUCUCCAAAGUGAGCCCUGGGCCAGCCACAAAGAGGCACAGGAAUGAUACCAGGAGGGAAGUGGGGAGCUGGCUUUGUGAUGACUGACAGAUGCACACCCAGCAUCCCUGUCACUGGGGUCUCAGACCAUACUUUGAGAACCCUCUUAGCAGCUCAGUGUUGGCAACAAUGUUCCCUGCACCAAAUCAUGUAGUCCAUGUUGCAAGAAUCAAAGGGAAGGAGAUUCUCAACAGUCAUACUCCUGGCCACUCCAGUGAUUAGUGACUGUAUACUGUGUGCUGCCUGUCGAGCCCCAGUGUGGUGGGUGUGGAAAGGUUAUUCAUGCUGUUUAUUUUGAGAUGAGGCAUUAUGGGGAUAGGAAUGCAUUAUACCUGGUGAUCUGAGAAGGGAAUGCCCCAAUUUCAACUUCCUGAAUUUAGAGGUACUGCAAAGAGUUGUCCUUUGAGGGAAGGGCUGCGGAUGUGGCUCAGCGGCACAGGGCUUACCUGAAAUACAUGAAGCCCUAGGUUCAAUCUCCAGUACCACCCCCAAAAUAAUGUUAUUUAGGAGAACCAUCCCUUUAGCGAACAAAAGGCAGAAAAUGUCAUUUUAGCAAUGCCCCAAGAAUGCAGUUUUAAUAGAUGUUUUGUUUUGAUAUAUGGGAUAAUAAUAUGCACGGUGGAGGGUAUUUUCUGAAAUAAAGAAUGACUGAGGGAAGGUUGCAGAGCCAGUGGGGCCAAAAGGAACCUUCUAGAAUGUCUUCUGAGUUUCCAGCACAUGAAGGGAACAAUGAAUACAUUUCCCAACAUGGUGCAGUGCUCUCUCUAGCACACUGAUCUCUAUUUCAUUUUAAGGUGUUUGGUGUGGUUUGUUGGAUCCCAAUGUGCACAGUGUAAUUGGCAGCAUGAGUUUAAGCUUUACGAGUGGCUAAUUGCAUGGCAGGCUCCCCACUCUGCACAUCUGCAGCUUUACUGAGGUAUCCACACUUCCCUAGAGAACUUUAGGUGGGAAGGCUGUCCCUCCUCAUAAUGUUAUGUGUAUUCAAGUCUCUUCAGUCACUUCUAAUUCACUUGCACUGUUUGGGAAAUGUCAGGUUUACAAAAAUACAUGUUUGGAAUAAAAAAAAUGGUUUCAAAUGA